GUCCCAUGUGCCCCCCCCUGUCCCGCCCGUGUCCCCUCCCGUCCCCGUGUCCCCCGGCGGCUGCGCCGUGUGCCCCCCAGCGUAUCCCCCCGUGUGUCCCUCCCACUUCCCCGUGACCCUGGGGGGGCUCCUCGCUGUGUCCCUGUGUCCCGUGGGGUGCCUGCCCCACGUCUCACCGUGCCCCGGGGGGGCUGCCCGCUGUCGUGUCCCUCACCAUGUCCCCUCGUGUCCCCGGGGAGGGCUGCCCCGUGUCGUGUCCCGUCCUAUCCCUCGCCGUGUCCCCAUGCCCCGGAGAGGGCUGCCCCGUGUCUUGUCCCCCGCCAUGUCCCCUCGUGUCCCGGGGGGGCUGCCCCAUGUUCUCCCCACUCACCCCCCGUGUCCGGGGGGGGCUGCCCCAUGGCUCCCUGUGCCCCCCCCGUCCCUGCUGCCCCCCUCGCUCCCCUCAAACCUCCCCAGCGCAGGGGGGCUGCCCCCCUCCCCAACAAGGAGGCGCUUAUUCUCAACCCCUUGUGUCCCCACAGCGCCCCCCCCCCCCGCCCCCCCCCCCAGCCAUGGCGGGCCGAGGCCGGGGUCGGGGCCGCGGGCAGAUGACUUUCAACGUGGAGGCGGUGGGGAUCGGGAAGGGGGAUGCGCUGCCCCCCCCAACCCUCCAGCCCUCCCCUCUCUUUCCGCCGCUGGAGCACCGGGCGGCCCCGCUGCCCGGCGGGGAGGAGGGCGAGUACAUGCUGGCGCUGAAGCAGGAGCUGCGGGGGGCCAUGAAGAACCUCCCCUACUUCGUCAAACCCGGGGCGCCCCGCAGAGAUAUCGAGCGCUACUCGGACAAGUACCAGAUCUCCAGCCCCAUCGACAGUGCCAUUGACUGGAACCCAGACUGGAGGCGGCUGCCACGGGAGCUGAAGAUCCGGGUUGCGCGGCUGCGGAAAGGCAGGACCACCAUCCUCAUCCCCAAGUGCAAGCAGCGGGUUGCACUGGACAAGGAGGAGACCAUUAAGAAGCUGGAGAGCCUGGAGAAGAAAGAGGAAGAGGUGACAUCGGAGGAGGAAGAGGAGAAGGAGGAGGAAGAAGAAGGGAAAGAAGAGGAGGAAGAGGAGUAUGACGAGGAGGAGCAUGAAGAGGAGACCGACUACAUCAUGUCCUACUUCGACAACGGCGAGGACUUCGGCGCUGACAGCGAUGACAACAUGGACGAGGCGGUCUACUGAGCACCCCCACUGCCACACACCCCCCCCCCGGCACUCUGGGGUCCCCUGUCACCCCCCCGCCCUGGGCACCUGGGUCCCCUGUUACCCCCUCCAGAACACCGGGGUCUCCUGUCACCAGCCCUCCUCCUCAACACCAGGGUCCCCUGUCACCAGCUGCCCCCCCCCCCUCCAGGGCACUAGGGUCCCCUGCCACCCCCUCCCCAGAUGCCUGUGUCCCCUGUCACCCCCCCUUGGGCCACCAGGAUCCCCUGUCACUAGCACACACAGACACUGGGUCCCCUGUCACCUGCCUCCCCAGAUGCCUGGGUGCCCUGUCACCCCCCUCCCCGGACACCAGGGUCCCCUAUCGCCCCCCUCCCUGUAUUUCUGGGUCCCUCGUCGCCCCUCCAGAACACUGGGGUCUCCUGUCACCACUCCCCCUCCAUGACACUGGGGUACCCUGUCACCAGCGUCACCCACAGGGCACUGGGGUCCCCUGCCACCCCUCCUUGGGACACCACGAUCCUCUGUCACCAGCACACACAGACACUGGGUCUCCUGUCACCCGUCACCUCCAGCCGGCAGGUGGCACUUGUGCUCCAGGGAUGGAGGGUUGGGACACCGCAGGGUCGGGGCACCCCAGGGUGCUGGCAGCUGGGGGGUCACAUGGGGACACCCCCCUGCCCCCCAACUUGGGUGGGGUCCUGGGGGGACUCCUGAUCCCCUGCGGGGGGACCUGGGGGGGGGAAGGACCCCCCAGCCUUGUCCCCAAGCCAGCAGUGGGGUGGGGUCGUCCCUUUUGGAGGCAGUUUUAUGGGUGAUGGGGGGGGGGGGAACCCCCCCAAACUGCCCCCCACAUCCCCGGCCUCACGCCCCUUUUUGCAGCAUCUUUUUAACAUUUGGGAUUUUUUUUUAACUUAAUUUUGGGUGGAUUAAAGUUGACUUCUGUAUUUCCAGGUUGUCUUGUGCAGCGGCCUCAACCCGCACGGAGCUUUUGGGGAAGGGCCCGGAUAAUGGGCUCCCCCCGCCGCCCCCCCCCCGCCGGAGCACACAGGGUCUGUCGUUAUUGUUUUCCAAGCCCCGCUGCUGCCAGGUCUCCUGAGCCGAUCAUAAAGAAGCCCUUGUUAUUGUAGGGUUCACGGCAAGGGGGGAGCCCUGCCCUGGGAGGGGGAGUUGGGUGCGCCCGUGGGUGCAGGGAGCAGCUGUGCCUCCCCCCAGCUUUCUGCCCCACACGUGCAGGGCCGGCUCCUGGCAUCGCCCGGGUGCCAUGAGUGCCUGGCUGCACCCGGUUUUCCGCCCCGACACCCCCAUCGGCUCACGCUCCGGUGCCCCCCUGGCCCUAGCCAUGUGGUGGGGCGGCACGUGGCACCCGCUGGGUGCCGGGGAAGGGGGGGGGUGUGUGUGCAAAUCGCCAGCUCCUGGAGUCAGGGGGGUGCAGCCGCAGCAUGCCCCUGUUCCCCCAGCACCAUGGCAGCAGCUCGGGGGGGGGUUGACCCCAGCACCCCGCUGGGGUUCCCCCAGUCUGGAUUAACCCCUUGGCGCUGGAUUGCAGCAACACGGGGUGCAGGA